UUUCUGAUAAUCAUGAUUAAGCCACGGGUGUCAAGGGUGGUGUUUUCUACUGGAAUAGCUCCAUCGGAAUCCGAAUAUUUCGAUGAAAUAAAUGCAUACAAGAAGAAAGCUUUGUGGAUACUCUUGUUAUUCGUUACCAGGACUAUGAUUCCUGCUGCUGGAGGAGUUCAAAUGACCUACUAUACCAUCAUAAAUGAUGUUCAAGGAAUAUGUUUCAUUCCCGAACUGAAGAACAAUAACUGGACUUAUCAAGAAGUAUUGACUGUAACAACGACUUACGGGCCUGAAUUAACAGAAAGACUCAAAAGAUGCGAAUAUUUUGACCUCGACUAUGCCACAUUCGCUAAUGUGAGCUUCCAAGAUGCUUUGAAACUGAAAAAGGAAGCAGGAUUAAGGAAAGUGAAAACAUGCCACGAAGGAGAUAUUCUUUUGUCUACUCAUUCCAGUAAAUAUCACACGGUAGACACUCCUUUCUGCUACGCCAAAGAAAUAGCUAAAAGAAUGUUGAUAAUGAAUACUGGUCCACACAUAAUCUGUGCUGUGUUUUUUGGAAUUUUGGGUGACUUAUUUGGACGUAAGAAAGUUGCUUCUGUGGCAACUAUUUUGUGGAGUACUUGCUCUAUGUGUUUGGCAGUAUUACCCAGUAUUGGUAUUCUGCAAUUGUUCUUCUUUGCCGCUUCUUGUGGCUUCCAAGUAGCUGCCAGUUUACUAACGUAUGUAAAUUUGGUGGAAAUUUGCCAUAAGAAGAUACGAUUCUUUACUGUUUUAACACUAUAUGGAUACACACUUGGUUUCUUAGUAUGUACAAGAUUCGCAGAUCUUUUGAAUUUUAGUUGGACCUACCUACAGUACAUAUCCUUCAGCUUCACCGUGUGUGCUUUAUUCCACUGCUUCUAUAUUCCCGAAUCUCCACGAUGGCUCAUCAAUAAAUCCAGAUACAGGGAAGCUCUGAAAGUGAUGGAAGAAAUCAUAGGUUAUAUCCCCAACGAAAUUCUGUUCGAAGAUGAAGGCUCAGAAACCCCUUUCUCAUGCAGAAUAUUCUGGGACAUGAUGAGGUACUUGAGGAAGAGGAAGAUCAAAAUUGUUGUGAUUCUCACCUUGAUAAAUGCAAUUAUUGGAUUCGUCAAUAAAACGCAGGUUUGGAGAAUCAUGCAAUCUGAAGUUCCGCUGAAAACAACCGUUGUGGCCUCUGCUUCAGAUCUAUUGAGUGUACCCUAUGCUCUGAUCGUUUAUGCGGCUCUAGGAAAAAAGUAUGGACUAUUUUGGGCGUUUCUUUCCAUGAAUUUCACUUCUUUCGUCACUUUAUGUCUACAAGAUACCAUGCCUAUAGAUAUUUACGCGAAUGCAAUAUUGAUCCUGAACGCUGUGACCGCCCAAAAGUUUCUUUUUUCAUAUUUGCCAGACCUACUACCAACAUUCCUCCGUUGCACAGGUCUAGGAAUUGCCAUCUCAAUGUACGCUCUGAUGGAGACGAUAACAGUAGCAUUCAUCGACUGGGAGAUGGCAAAGCAGAAUUACGUCUACUUGAUAUUUUUGAUAUUCUCGUUACCAGGAUUUUUUAUUCUCAAGUUGCCGGAUACAACACAUGCAGAUUUACCGACAGUUCGGUUGUUUAGGAUCUGAAUGCAGUGUUUCACUAUAAGAGAUCGAUAGAGAUUAAUAUUUUAUUUCAUGUUCAUACUGUUAUGAGUAAAAAUAAUUAAAGGACUCAAAAACAUGAUUGUGAUUAUACAUAAUUAGUUUGACGGUGUAUAUAAAUACUUUUUACAUUUUUUGACAAAGUGAGUGGAUCAAUCGAUCGAGUUCAAGAUGUCAAACAUUCGCAAAUGAUGUUCGUAUACUCCAUUCACUAUUAUAAAAGGACUCGGUUGGCCAUGGAACUUUGACACAUUCCACGCUGUA